AUGUCGUUUCUUUGGAAAUUUUUAGGCUUAUCAGAGGAAGAAAGUAAGAAAAGACAAAGAGAAUCAUGCAGUCCAAUUCCAGAACCACAUCCUUUUGCAGAUGCUGUAAGAAAACCCCAAGAAUUUUCUAUUAAUCCAAUGAAAAUUUCUGAAAAAUCUAAUUAUUCAGUUCAAGCUGGACCAUCAUUGUCUAAAUUUAAGGAUACAUCAAUUGAAACAGAUAUUUCAGUUCCAACAGAUUAUAGACCAAAUUGGGAUGAAGAAUUUCGUGAAAUUGCAAUUAAUAUUAGACGAUCAUUUGAUAGAGCUUCAAAUACAACCACAAAUACCCAAAUUGUUCCGAAAGAAGUUCAAAAUGAACAGAAAAUUAUUCCACAAGUUGUAUCUCCUGCACCAACCAUUACUGAAAUUGCUAAAUCAGAAAAUAAUACACAAGCAUUACAGAAUGAUAAUGAUUCUACUACAAAUCAACAACAAUCUGAAGAAUCCAAAGAAUCAACCACAGAAUCUUCUCAAAAUUCUACCAGUAGUUCAUCUACCAAUAGUUCUUCAUCUCAGUCUGAUACAGAAAGUCAAAAAUCAGAAUCACAAGAAUCUUCUGAAUCAGAACAUGAAGAAGAGAAGCCAAAAGAACCAGAGCCAGUUAGAAAACUAGGUUUUGCAAAUCUCCGCCCAGUUGCACCAAAGCAGAAAGAUUCUGACUUUUCUACUUUUGAUUUUUCAAUGGGAUCAGCUUCAAAACCAGAAACUCAGAGCUCUUCCAGACAAUUAGCUAGAAGUGAUUCAGAUUCUUCAGAUAGCAACUCUGAUUCUGAUAAAUCUGACUCAGAUUCUGAUUCUGAUUCUAGUUCUGACUCAGAUUCGGAUUCAAAUAAGAAGAAGAGUUCACAACCCGAAAAACAGCAAGAAUCCAAGGAUACAGGCUUCACAUACCAAGAUCUUCUUAAGAAACACUUAGAUUCUAAGAAAUCCCAGAAUUCGACAUCAGCAUCGAAUAAUUCAGCAAGUGGAUUCAAUACGGACUUCUCUAAGAAGAGGCCUCCAUCAUCUGGAUUUAGCUACAAAGGCUACAAACCACAAACUCGCGAAAAAGGAAGACCAACACGCGGAAGAGGCGGAAGAUCAAACUAUACAAGACGCUCUUAUAAUAACGAUAGUGAUUCAGACUAA